AUAGAAGUACGGUUGGCAUUAGGUUCAAGCCGCCUCACUUUCUCCAUUGGACCAUUAUACAUCGUACCUUUAUAAGCAAAAAAAAAUUCUACUAUAUAUUUUAUAUCUUAAAUAUAUAUUUGUGGAGAUGGAGAAUUAUGCUAUGCUAUUUCCUUGUGAACCAUUAUCAUCUUCUACUUUCGCAUCAUCAGACAUGUUGCAGGGAAGUACAUCUGAUGAUCAUGUUGUUGGUAUUAAUGGCAAUCAGCUUUAUAAUAACAAGUCAAACGGGUUCCUGGCAUUGAAGACAGAGAUUGAUCAUGCAGUUCCCACAUCAAUAUCACAAGUUAAAGAUCUUCCUAAUAGUAACAGUAACAGUACUAGAAGAUUUCAUGAAGUCGAUGACAACGAGGCCGCAAAGUCUGCUUCAGGUAAGAAGAUGAUGAAGAAGAAGGGGGAGAAGAAAAUUAGGAAGCCCAGAUUUGCAUUUCAAACAAGAAGCCAGGUUGAUAUACUUGAUGAUGGUUAUCGCUGGAGAAAAUAUGGCCAAAAAUCUGUCAAGAACAACAAUUUUCCGAGAAGCUACUAUCGGUGUACUUAUCAAGGGUGCAAUGUAAAGAAGCAAGUGCAACGCCACUCCGAAGAUGAAGGCAUUGUGGUGACAACUUAUGAAGGGUUGCACACACAUCCAAUAGACAAGCCUACUGACAACUUUGAACAAAUCUUGAGUCGAUUCCACGCCAUGCCUUUGCUAACACAAGACCAACAUGCAAUAUGAGGAUUGCGGUGAUGCGGUUAGAUUGAGACUUUACCCCAGUUUAUGCUUUAGCUAAUAGCUACUAUAUAUGUAUAUUUUUUCUCUAUAUAUAUUCUCUACAUUGCUUGUCCA